GCCCACCUGGUGUGCGGCGCGCGAGCGGCCGCUGCUGCGCUAGCGGGUGGUUCGGGCCCUGGGAGCACGGAAGCCCGUCGCGUCGGCUAUGGCUCCCUGGGCUAUGGCCGAGCUAUGGGCGCUGAACCCGCUGCGCGCUCUGUGGCUCACUCUGACCGCCGCCUUCCUGCUGACCCUGCUGCUGCAGCUAGUGCCGCCCGGCCUGCUCCCGGGCUGCGCGCUUUUCCAGGACCUGAUCCGCUAUGGGAAAACCAAGCGUGAGGGGCCGUCGCGCCCGGCCGCCUGCCGGGUCUUUGAUGUGCCCAAGAGGUACUUUUCUCACUUCUACAUCAUCUCAGUGCUGUGGAACGGCUUCCUGCUCUGGCACCUUACUCAGUCUCUGUUCCUGGGAGUGCCUUUUCCAGACUGGCUUCACGGUCUGCUCAGAAUUCUCGGGGCUGCCCAGUUCCAAGGGGGUGAGCUGGCACUGUCCACAUUCUUAGUGUUAGUAUUUCUGUGGCUACACAGCUUGCGAAGGCUCUUCGAAUGCUUCUAUGUCAGUGUCUUCUCCAAUGCCAUGAUUCACGUCGUGCAGUAUUGUUUUGGACUUGUCUACUAUGUCCUCACCGGCCUGACUGUGCUCAGCCAAGUGCCAAUGGACGGCAGGAAUGUCUAUGCGAUAGGGAACAAUCUCUUGAUGCAAGCUCGGUGGUUCCAUAUCCUCGGAAUGCUGAUGUUUAUCUGGUCGUCUGUCCAUCAGUACAAGUGCCACGUCAUUCUCGGCAAUCUCAGGAAAAAUAAAGCAGGGGUGGUCAUUCACUGUAACCACCGAAUCCCUUUUGGAGACUGGUUUGAAUAUGUUUCUUCCCCGAACUACUUAGCAGAGCUGAUGAUCUACAUUUCCAUGGCUGUCACCUUUGGGCUCCACAACUUAACUUGGUGGCUAGUGGUGACAUAUGUUUUCUUCAGCCAGGCGCUGUCUGCUUUCCUCAGCCACAAAUUCUACAAAAGCAAAUUUGUCUCCUAUCCAAAGCAUAGGAAAGCUUUCCUGCCAUUCCUGUUUUAAGGUCACCUCAGUCAUGAAGCAUGCAAACCAGGUGACAGGUGCGAUUCCUCAGGACAACAAAAUCUAGGGACCAAAGCACAGUUUCUGCAGAACUGUUUGUAACUCCGCAUUCCGUUUUUACACCCAAAAGUCUUCACCAAAUGAGCAAAGCAAGACCCCGCAAGAAAAUGAAUCUUCAAAGAGGAAAUCCUUCUGGCAGGCCUGGGAGUGCUGUGUCUGCCUUCUGAGAUGCUUUAUAAAACCAACCAACUGCUAACAAGUAGAUGAGACUUCUCCAAGCUGCCUCACAAGCAAACUAACCAAGAAUAUGCCAACGGCUUCACACAUGCACCUACGUCCCCAGAGGAAGAGAUGAGACCAUCCGUGGCUUUUGUUGGGACAGAUGAGCUGGACUACAUAAGCAGCAGUAUAGCAGUGUGCAGUAACUGUUGCAUUUCAGUAAAAGCAGAAGAGCUUUUGGAAAUCACAAUAUAUAAUUUCACAGCAACAGAUUUAGGGGAAAAUGAGUUUGUUGGAGAUAGUGUAUACCUUCACAUACAGCCAUGAAGAUUUUCAGUUACGUAACCAGCAACAGCGGUUUCCACUCAUCUCCCCUUCAAAUCAUAGGAAACCACUUUUAUUCAAUUCUUCUUUUGACAUGCCUUUCAAGGAAGUACCUUAAAAGUGAAAGCAUCUGAAAAUAAAAUAUUUUUAUAUUUAUGUGUAGAGCUCUUUCAUGAAUGGACUGACCUUCGCUGCAGAGGGGGCCAGUGCUGUAGCCUCGUUCGUGUGGAGUUACUCACACUGGAUUAAG